GCUCCCCCCUCAGGCGGGCCCCCCUCCUCAUCCCCGUCUUCCACCGCUGCUACAUUCCCUCCCUCCCCUCUCUGGCCGGGAACCCUGUCUUCUUCGUCGGCGACCACCAGAUCUCGCUCUGCGGCCUCGACCUCGCCGACUUCUUCGCCUGCUUCCUCCGCUCGCCCCCGCUCCACCGCUCCAACUCGCUGCCACACGGCGACUCGCUGCCGAGGAACCCGCUGCUCCCGGAUGCCUACUGGGGCUGUUCCCGAUUUCAAGCAUUUGGUGAUGUCGGUGUUGGUGGUCAGUAGAGAGGUUGAAGACGACGAGAGGAUCUGGGGGUGUGAGGUUUUGGGGAUGGAUCGGAGUGUUUCCGCUCAGAAGGUGUAGCUGUGGGUGAUGAGCAGCUGUCGGAGAGGCUCGGGGUUAAUCUCUGGCUCAAGAGGGAGGACUUGCAGCCAGUUUGUUCCCCAAACCACAUUCUCUAAUUCACUUGUUUCUCACUGCAAAGUUUCAAUCUUUAAAUUUAUUUUUUUUAUUGUGAAUUUUGUUCUUAAUUUGAUGUGCAAUUAAGAUAAUUGAUGCCAGUUGCAUUGAGCUAUCCGAGCAAUACUAAAACCUGUCAGAACAAUGGUGGUCAUGGGGGUGUUCGAGUAGCGGAGUAUGUUAAGCAAAAUCUCUUCAGCAAUUUGAUUAACCACCCAAAGUUUAGAAGCGAUACAAAGUCAGCCAUAGCUGAGGCAUACAGUCACACAGAUUCAGAGUUUCUGAAAUCUGAGACGACUCAGAACAAAGAUGCUGGGUCAACAGCCUCAACUGCAAUCCUUGUUGGUGAUAAAUUGUUAGUAGCAAAUGUUGGGGACUCGAGGGUCGUUAUGUGUAAGGGAGGAAAGGCUGUAGCUGUUUCGCGAGACCAUAAGCCUGACCAAACUGAUGAGCGUCAAAGGAUUGAGGAUGCAGGAGGAUUUGUACUCUGGGCAGGAACUUGGCGGAUUGGUGGUGUUCUUGCUGUCUCUCGAGCAUUUGGUGACAGACUCCUGAAGCAGUAUGUUGUUGCAGACCCAGAAAUUACGGAAGAGGUUGUUGACGGUUCUCUUGAAUUUCUUAUCCUUGCAAGUGAUGGGCUAUGGGAUGUCGUAACGAAUGAGGAGGCCGUUGCAAUGGUGAAGCACAUUGAAAACCCAGAAGAGGCAGCAAAGAAACUGAUGCAGGAAGCUUCUCAAAGAGGCAGUGUCGAUAAUGUGCAAUGCGUUAUCUGAUGGUGCAUUUAAUUACUAAAGGGUAUAUUGUCAGCCCCUAUUAGCUUUGUAUGGUAAAAAUUUAUAAACAAUUUAUGUAUCUCUCUAGUAUUUUGGUGAAUGUAUUAUUUGAAUAUAAUUGGAUUUGA